CCUGAGAAGCAAGAGGAGCUCAGCCCAGGGCCCAGCCCCCCUGCCUGGGCCAACCCCCGGAACAGCUGAAGUGGGGCUUGUGGGACAGGGGUGGCUGGGACUGGGUUUGGGGUCCCAUGGGGGAGGUGUAAGGUGAGCAUAUUGGGAGGGGAGGCUGGGACCCCUCAGCUCCGGCCAUGAAGUCUCGGCAGAGGGGGAAGAAGAAAGGCGGACCGAAGGAGCGGGUGUUUGGGUGUGACCUUCUGGAGCAUCUACAGCACUCAGGCCAGGAGGUGCCCCAAGUUCUACGGAGCUGUGCAGAAUUUGUGGAGGAGCACGGAGUGGUGGAUGGGAUCUAUCGCCUCUCAGGGGUCUCUUCCAACAUUCAGAAGCUUCGGCAGGAGUUCGAAGCAGAGCGUCGGCCGGAUCUGCGGAAAGACAUCUACCUGCAGGACAUUCACUGUGUCUCCUCUCUCUGCAAAGCCUACUUUCGAGAAUUGCCGGACCCCCUGCUUACCUACCGCCUCUACGACAAGUUUGCUGAGGCGGUAGCUGUGCAGUUAGAGCCUCAGCGCCUGAUCAAGAUCCGAGACGUCCUGGGGGAGCUGCCUGGCCCACACUAUAGGACCUUGGAAUACCUCAUGCGUCACCUGGUGCAUAUGGCCUCAUUCAGUGCUCAGACCAAUAUGCAUGCUAGAAACCUGGCCAUUGUGUGGGCCCCCAAUCUUCUAAGGUCUAAGGACAUAGAAGCCUCUGGAUUCAAUGGGACAGCUGCCUUCAUGGAGGUGAGAGUACAGUCCAUUGUAGUCGAGUUCAUCCUCACGCACGUUGACCAGCUCUUUGGGGGUGCCGCUCUUGCAGGUGGCGAGGCAGAGACUGGCUGGCGUAUACUGCCGACAUCACGGGGAAUGGUCAGCCCUGAGGAGCCCACGUCCAGACACUUGUCCUAUCACCUUCCCAGUGUUCUGCAAGCUGGGGAUGGCCCCCCACAGAUCCGGCCCUAUCAUACCAUCAUUGAGAUUGGAGAUCACAAGAGGAAGGGGUCUCUUAAGGUCAGGAAAUGGAAAUCCAUCUUCAAUCUGGGUCGUUCUGGCCAUGACACCAAGCGCAAGCCACCCAGGGUGGGUGAGGACAGGGAGGAAAAAUCUGACAAAGUGUCACUGCGGCCAGCCAAGAGCAUGGAUUCAUUGAGUGCUGCAGCAGGAGCUAACGAUGAGCCAGAGGGACUAGGGAAACCCAGUAGUUCUCGGCCAAGCCCUCUUCAGUUGGAGAGUCUUGAAGAUGUCUCUAUGGCAGCAGAUGGAGAAAAGGAAGCAGAGGGGGAACCACAGAGUGGGACAAGCUCUGAGCCAGGCACCCCUAGAACAGGCCGAGCAGGAGCUCGGGCAGCAGGCUGUAGUCGGGCAGAGCGCUGUGCCGGAGUCCAUAUCUCUGACCCCUACAACGUCAAUCUGCCUCUGCACAUCACAUCCAUCCUCAGCGUACCCCCCAACAUCAUCUCUAAUACGGCAGUAGCGCGACUCACACGAGGACUUGAGUGUCCUGCCUUGCAAGCCCGGCCCAUCUCUGGCCCUAGCCUUGGCUCUGGACCCCGAGAUGAGAAGAUGGAGACAAGCCCAGCCCCAGCUCCUCUGGUCCCCAACCCUGAAUCACCUAAGCCAGGCCCCUCUUUGCCCCCAGCCCAGGAGGACUCUCUGUCCCAAGAGGUGCAGGACUCUUUCUCCUUCCUGGAAGAUUCUGGAAGUAGCUCAGAACCAGAGUGGGCCAGUGGGGAAACCAGGGAGGCAGUCCUGGCAGAAGGAACCUGCUCUCCUGGGGAGGAUGACCCUAAUAUUGGUUACCUGGAGGAGCUCCUGGGUGCUGGACCUCAGGUGGAAGAAUUCUCUGUGGAACCACCCCUGGAUGACUUGUCCUUGGAUGAGGCACUGUUUGUCUUGGCUCCUAGCUGUUGCUCCCCAGACACUGGGACCCCUGAGCAGGAAGAAGACUUUGGAGAGGAUGUCUUCCUCAGUGCCUAUGAUGACCUGAGCCCACUAUUGGUUCCUGGACCCCAAGGAGGGGAGGAUCUAGGGAGAAAGGAAGAUGAAGUUGAUGGAGGUCAAACCUUUUCAGAGCAUGGAGGGGAAAGAACUUACAAGGAAGCUGGAGAGAAUAAGGUGAAGGAAUCUGAGAGAGUCUUCGAGACUAAUGAAGAGGCUGAAGGAAGUCAAAAACCUGUGGCUAGAGUAGAUAGAGGAAAGGGAAGGGAUGCUAAGAGAAAUGAAAAAGAGGAGGCUGAAGAAGUGAAGAUCAAAGAGCAAAAGGAAGCUGAAAGCAGGGAGGAAGUGGAGGGUGAGGAGGAGUUUAAGGGAGAGGAGAGUUUAAGGGAGUUUAAAGGAGAGAAGACUGAGGGUGAGGAGAAACCUGGGGGAAUGGUAGAAGUUGAGCAUGAGGAAGAUAUAGGGAAAGGAGAGAAGACAAAGGACCAAGACAAGACUGGAGGAGAGACACAAGUUGAGGAUGAGAAGAUAGGGGAAGAGCAGAAGGCUGAUGGAGAGAAUGCUGAGGGACAAGAGGAAGCUGGCAGGAAAGAGGAGGCUGGGGGAGAGGAGGACCAGAAGGACGUUGAAAACGAUACAGGGAGGGGGGAAGACAAGAGCCAGAGCCACCAGGGCACCGAAGGGAACUGGAGAACUCUAGACAACCAUAAACUUGAUGAAAGCAGAGAGAUUAAGGCUGGAGAGGAAAGUGGAUGCAGGAACAAAGAACCUGGAGAAAGGAAGGAGGGUAGGGAAGAUGGAGGAAGCAUUGAGUGGGAUGCUGAAGGUAUCAGUGGCAACAGGGAAUGUGGGGAUGGGGAGGCAGAUCAGGAAGUUGGAGUGGACAGUCUGUCAGAGGAUCUGGACCCAGAAGUAGUGCCUGGGAGAAUAAGUAAUGUCAAAGGUCAUGAUGCCAUCCCUCCUGGGGGAGGAGUAGUCCCACAAUCCCCUAAGUCAGAAGACAGGGAACCUGAAGGGCAGACUACUCUGGAGAACUGUGUCCUCUACCCAUGUGUCCCAUCUUCCUCUGUGCUGCACCCUGAACUAGCAGGCAGUGUGAGUAUGCGCCUGGCCUCCACCUCGGUCCAAGUUCAGCAGGUCAAAUCUGUACCUGUAGUACCCCCCAAACCACAGUUUGCCAAGAUGCCUAGCACACUGGGUAGCAAGAUCCAUGUAGCCCCGGCAAACCCGUGCCCACGGCCAGGCAGGCUUGAUGGAACACCUGCAGAGGGAGUCCAAGGGACCCGUGCCUCCCGUUCCUCCUGGAGGAAUGGAGGUAGCCUUUCCUUUGAUGCUGCUGUUGCAUUAGCACGAGAGAGGCAGAGGACAGAGGUUCAAGUCAUCAGAAGGACCCAGACCUGCAUUGGGGGUGGGGAUGGAAGCCUCCUUCCCAGUAUCUCUCCUUCUUCCCUACCCCCAGCCUCUCCUUCCCGGCCUCUCAGUUGCCUGGGGCCUCCACUCCCAGGUCGGGAAGGGGCUGGACCCCGGAGCCGACACAGUCUGCCACCUGCAGAAUCCCAGCCUCUUAACGCUGUCAUUUCCCCACAACGCAGAACCUAUGCAUUUGAGGCUCAUGCUGGCCUUGAGGAGGGGGAAGGGUUCUGAGUAGGGCUGGAGCAUUUGGGGUCAGCAGGCUCCCCCUUCUGUCCAGCUGUCUCCCUAGCAGUUCUCUAUUCAGUGGAGAGAUUCCCAUUUCAUGGGCUCUGACCCCUAGCUUCUGUUUUCAGACUGUAGAAAGCCACAACUUUGGAUCAUCUGAAGCUUAGGACACAACUAGCCCUUGGGAUACUCCUAGCAUCAGGGUCCUGCCCCAGGGUCCAGGUCCAUGAGCAGACGGAAGCAAAGUCAGGACACAGACUGGUGGGCAGAUACAACACUGAGAUGGUUCUCAUUGAAAAAAAUGCAUGGGAAUUCAGUUCAAUUUCCUGUGCUCCUUUGAAGCUGGAGAUUCCCCUUCCUAGAGCCCACCAUAUCCCACUAGAGAUAUCCCCCAUAUACACUAGGAUGUCUUUAAGAGCUGCUCAUCUCCAUCCUGUUCUUGGUCUCUUGGGUAUUCCCUGAAAUUUGAGACUUAGUUGGGGAGGUAAAUGUUCAAGAAACCCAUUGAAGAAUCAGCAUCAGGUGGUCCUGUGCCCCUUCCACAAAGGAGUUAGUCAUAGUUCCUUAACCCAUAGCCACCCUCAACUUCCAGGGAGUUGGGGAAGUGAUGGCAUCCUCUGCUGACCUCUCAACUUUUCUGUCUUUGGAAAGAGUACCCUCCUUAUAGUCCCAUUAUAGGGGAAAAAGAGUGGAGAUAUCCUGACCACAGGCCUAUUGUUUCCUACCAUGGAGAAAAAAAAACAAAACAUAUGACCCAGCUUGGAGAGACUAGGUCUGUGGUUGUAGGGGGUGAUUUGAAAUAAAAGAUGUAUUUUUUCAUGGAUGUAGGACUGGAAUGAUUCCUGUUUUAAGGACCUUGGGUGAAA